AUGUCUAAUACAUUUGUUGCAUUGACAAAUUUUAAGGCAACUUACUUGGGGUAUAAAACUUUUUCGCUUCCAUAUACAUUAUUUGAAUAUGAAAAUACCGUUAAUCUGCCUACUAACGUUGAUUGGAGAAAGGACGGUGCAAUUACCCCGAUAAAGAAUCAAGGCCAAUGUGGUACGAACUACUGCUGGGCAUUCUCUGCAGUAGCAGCAGUUGAAGGCAUCAACAAAAUAAAAACAGGGAAAUUGAUGUCUCUUCCAGAACAAGAGCUUGUAGACUACGAUGUGACCUCGGGGAACCAGGAAUGCAGUGGUGGUUACAUAUAUAAAGCAUUUGAGUUCAUCAAGAAAACUAGUCUAACUACAAAAACAGAAUAUCCAUACAAAAGAACUGAAUCUGCAUGCAACAAACAAAAAGCGAAAUACCAGUCUGUGUCAAUAAGUGGAUAUGAAAAAGUACUCGUCAACAAUGAGAAAAGCUAAAAAGCAGAAAGCACAAUUGCUAAACAGCCAGCCUCUGUAGCAAUUGAUGCAGGGGACAAUUUUCAGUUCUAUUCUAGUGGAAUUUUCUCAAGCAAUGAGCAACUGAAUCGUGAAGGAACAAUAGUUGAGUAUAGGGAAGCUAGCAAUAAAGCUUAUUGACUUGUCAAGAAUUCAUGGGGCAUUGGCUAGGGUGAAUCAAGUUACAUAAGAAUAAGAAUGAAGCGUGAUUCAACCACAAGCAAGGUACUUCCUGGUGUUAAUUGA